AUGUUUUUUGGUCAGAUAGUUAUUGGUCCUCCUGGUAGUGGAAAAAGUACAUAUUGCCAUGGAAUGUAUUUAUUUCUUGGUGCUCUUGGAAGAAAAUCAUCAAUUGUGAAUCUUGAUCCUGCAAAUGAUCAUGUUUUGUAUCCUUGUUCUUUAGAUAUUCGUCAGCUUAUAUCUGUAAAUAAAAUUAUGAAAGAGACUGGUUUAGGACCUAAUGGAGCUGUUAUUUAUGCUUUGGAGAUGUUAGAAAAGAAUUUUAAAUGGUUAAAAGAAGGACUUGAAUGUUUAGGAGAUGAUUACAUUCUUUUUGAUUGCCCUGGUCAGGUAGAGCUUUUUACUCAUCAUGGUUCUUUACAAAAGGUUGUUUCUAGGUUAGGGAAAAUAAAUUAUAGAUUAGCGGUAGUCCACCUUGUAGAUUCACAUUAUUGCACUGAUCCUUCGAAAUAUAUAAGUGUUCUUAUGUUAAGUUUGCGUAGCAUGUUACAAAUGGAUCUUCCACAUGUGAAUGUUUUAAGUAAAAUUGAUUUAAUAGGAAUGUAUGGAGAGCUUUUAUUUAAUUUGGAUUUUUAUACCGAAGUUCAGGAUUUAUCUCGUUUAUUGCCUUAUUUAGAAAAAGAUUCUAUGUUGUCGUCAUUUAGUUCUUUAAAUGCUGCUAUUUGUGAUAUGGUUGAAAGUUUUGGAUUGAUAGGAUUUGAAACAUUGUGUAUAGAAGAUAAAAUUUCUAUGUUAAAAUUAUUAUCAGUAGUUGAUAAGGCUAAUGGGUAUGUUUUUGGUACAUCAGAAAGUACUUAUGAUACUCUGUUUAGUAUUGCAAUGCGUCAAGGAUGGGAUUAUGAAAGAACUGUACAUGAUGUCCAAGAACGUUGGAUUACAAAUAAGGAAGAGUAUGAUAAGUAUGAAGUUAGACAAUGGGCUGAAACAGACUCUAUUGAGAUUCAUGAAAGAACAGAAUAA